CAACAUCCCAGGAAUCCUCCCUCCCCUCCCGCACUCCAGGACAAUUCGUGUCUGCGCAGGGGCUCUCUAUCGGCCUGAAUGAUUCAAUAUGGCUGACCUAUCACCCGGCCAUGUGGUCACUUUGACUGACGGUCGGCAGGCCACCGUUCGGUUCGUUGGGACAACACAUUUCGCUGUGGGCGAGUGGAUUGGCAUUGAAUUGGAUGAUGCAACGGGCAAAAACGAUGGCGCUGUUCAGGGAGAGCGAUACUUUGACUGCGAGCCUGGAUUUGGCAUGUUCGUCCGACCAACUGCUAUCGCCGCAGUCGUUGAGCAGCCCGCACGACCGGCCAAGCCAGCUGCUCCUAAGGGGAAUACCAACCCGCCAGCCAACAGAAGUCGCGCCCAGAGUGGUGUUAUGACGGGGAGUUCCGGUAUCAAGCGGCCAACGUCUAUGUCGGCGGCGAAUACCAAGAGACAUAGCGCUGGUGCUGCGAGUCCGACCGCGGCCCUGAGAAAUGCCGCACAGCGCUUGUCAACAAAGUCUCCUACAAAGUCGCCGACUAAACCAACCUCCGCCCCUCUCUCGAACAGAUCUUCCGCAAGCAGCACACCCCGGCCGUCCGCGGUGACACCUAAGACUCGGCCAUCCGUCAGCUCCAAGACUUCGAUGGGCCCUCCACCGCCUCUGUCAGCCGCCCCUCGCACAUCGCGGCCUUCGAUAUCUACCCCGACAAGCAGAGCAGGCAGACCGAGUAUCCAGGCUACUGCGUCGGCGCCCUCGGGGUUGUCUAAGCGCCCCGUCCUGCGGCCAACGGGUUCAAACAGAACCUCGGAAGAUACAGAAAGUGGAGCGAGCCCUCGAUCGGAGGAAUUUGAGACGAGUCCUCACGAUGUCGAGGAACAAGUCUCCGAGGACGUGGACUUAGCUCCCAGGGCCCCAAGAGCUACACCAAGCUCAGUGCGAGCAGGGACCACCGGCCAACGACCGCAGCCAACUCCCUCGCAUCGCCCGUCUUUGAGUGGGAAUGGGGUGGCGAGGGAGCUUGAGGAACUGAAAACCAAACUGCGCGUGAUGGAAAAGAAACGGACCGAUGACCGAGAGAAGCUGAAGACCCUGGAACAACUGCAGUCGGAACGAGACAAGUUCGAAGCAAUUAUCCAAAAGUUGCAAGCGAAGUAUCAGCCGCAGCAGCUCGAAAUCACCGAGCUACGGAAAAAGUUGAAAGACUCAGAAGCGAGACUCGAGGAAGUCGAAAGACUCCAGGCGGAGCAUGAUUCGCUCAUGGAAAUGGCCACUCUGGACCGAGAAAUGGCAGAAGAGACAUCGGAUGUCUACAAACAUGAGUGCGAGACCUUGAGGUUGAGGGUUGAAGAGCUUGAACUGGAAGCCGAGGUUCUGCGAGAAGAGAACGAGGAGCUCGGUCAGGUCAUGAGUCCUGAGGAGAAGUCGAGUCAUGGAUGGCUGCAGAUGGAAAAGACAAAUGAGCGUCUCCGAGAGGCGCUGAUCCGUCUCCGUGACAUGACCCAGCAGCAGGAAUCGGAGCUCAGGGACCAAGUCAAAGAACUUCAGCAGGAUCUGGAGGAUUAUGCUGCCAUCAAAUCGAAAUACGAAUCUACGAAAGAGAAAUUGCUUGUCUCGGAGAAUAAUGUGGAAGAGCUCAAGCAGCAGCUGGAGACCGCACUGGGGGCCGAAGAAAUGAUCGAGGAGCUUGCAGACAAGAACAUGCGGUAUCAGGAGGAUAUCAACGAACUGAAGGCCGCGAUCGAGGACUUGGAGGCUCUCAAAGAAAUUAACGACGAACUUGAAUAUAAUCACAUAGAGACGGAGAAACAGCUGCAGGAGGAGAUCGACUACCGGGAAGGCCUCUUCAACGAACAGAGCCGGAGGAUCGCUCAGCAAGACGAAGUCAUUGAUGACCUGGAAUACACUCUAGUCCGCUUUCGAGAGCUGGUCUCUAACCUGCAAGGCGACUUGGAGGACAUGCGAGCAUCACAACAGAUUUCCGAAGCGGAGGCUACUGAUCUCUCAUCCCGCUCGCGGACCAUGAUGGAUCUCAAUCUGAAACUCCAGGCCUCUGUUGCGAAGGCGCAGACCAAGACAAUCGAUAUCGAACUCAGCCGUAUGGAUGCAGAGGAAGCAGCACAGCACUUGUCCAUCACAAAGUUGUAUCUUCCCGAGUACUUUGAGAGCGAGCGAAAUGCCGUUCUUGCGCUUCUCCGCUUCAAGCGCGUUAGCUUCAAGGCGACCUUGAUGACCAACACUUUCCGUGAAAAGGUUUCAGAACAGGCAUCUGUAUCUACGCCUCUGGAGGAUCUCUUCAUUGCCCACGAUGUCAUGGAGAAGCUGUUAUGGAUUGCUUCUCUCUGCGACCGGUUUGUGAACUACAUCACCAACUGCUCUGUAGAAGGAUUUGAAAGCAUCAAAGGAGCAUUGAUUGAGAUGGAGCCGGUCGAGCGCACAUUGAAUUUCUGGUUGGAAUGUUUGAAAAAGAACGAGGUGAACAUGAAGAAGUGUUCUGUCGAAUUGCAGCGAUCCAUCGCACUUCUAUCUCAUCUAGCCGAGACUCUUCUUCCAGCCUCCUUGGAAACUUUUGCCGAUGAACUGUGCAUGCGCUCAAUGCUGGCCCAUUCCUACAUUGACCAUGCUGCGUCCGCAAUAUCUCGUCUCAAGUCGUUGUUUCAGUCGAAACUUGCGGUUCCGGAAGGUGACGAGGAGCACACAUUCUUGUACAACAAGAUGGAAGGCCUCGUCUCUCAGGCUCGCGGCCUCAAGGUUGCAAUGGGGAAAAUCAACCGGGCUCUCGAGGACCUUCGCUCGAGAUCCCUUGCACUCUCACAGGACGUUGUCGGACCAUUCAAGCAGGCUGAAGAGGCCGCCAAGGACUUGUCUGAUCUGACUCGCCAGAUUGGAGAGAACAUCGUCUUUCUUGUCAUCGAUGAAAGCCGCACGGAACCUCUGACUUUGGACGAAGUAUUGAACACCAUGUCUCAGAUCUCCACCCUCUAUGCUCAGCCUUCGGAGACGGGCAGCGAAAGUAGUGACACGAUGUCUCUUAUUGGAAACAGACUUCGCAGCUUGGGCGGUCUCCUAGAGGAGCUUGACUCUAUCGCAUCUGACUUGUCAAUCACGACCGAAUUCGAGAAACGCCCUUCUCCUUGGCUUGUCCGAGCCGAGGAGCUGAAGUCUAACAAGACAAACUCGCCUGAUGCCGAUGAAGAGAUUCGCCGCCUUAAAAACGAGAUUCACGAAGCAUCGACCGCACUGGGCGUCAAGGAUAAGACCAUCGAGGAGCAAGCCAUCAAGGUAGAGCUCGUCGAGUCUCGGAUGCGUGAAGCAAGCAAAAAGGCAUCUAUGGUCAAGGAUCUGGAAGCCGAGAUCGAAAAAAUACGAACGCGAGAGUCAGAGCUGGAGGGAACCGUGCACAAGCAGCGCAAGGACCUGGAAGCGCUCGAAGCGGAGCGAGACGACAUCAAAAACCGACUCGAAAAAGUCAAACGCAUUUCCGGCACAACUGGAGCCACAGCAACAGAAGGGGUUGUCGUCGACGUUGGCGUUUCACUGGCCACGAUGCGGGAGAACGAAGCCCUCCGAGCCGAAGUCGAGAGCCUUCAAGCCGCUGUACGCUAUCUCCGCGAAGAAAACCGCCGCGCCAACAUGCUCGACCCAUUCUCCGUGCAACGCUCCGCGGAGAUGUACUCCUGGCUCGACGUACCUCUCACCGAAGCCCACGCAAUCCCCCAGCAAGAAAAGAUCCAAUAUACCGCCUCCGAAAGCCGCGAAGUCUUCACCCAUCUCCUAAAGCUAACCAAAGACUCCAACAUCUGCGAUCUCAAAUCCACCAUGACGACCCAAGAAAACGGCAACCGCGUCGGCUGGCGACCCUCCAAGACCAAACUCCGCUACCAGGUCCUCAAACAACGAGAGAACUUCGAACGCUGGGCCGAGUGGCGCGACGAGAUCAUCAGCCACGAACGCGAACAAGACCGAGUCGCCACCGCCAAAAAAGAACGACUGACUCGUGCCCGCGCUCGCGGCCAUAUGCCGCGCAAUUCCGCCUACGGUGCUGAUUUCCCCCUGGGCGUGGGCCAUAGUAUGAUGGGUCGGGCAUGGCAGAUCAUCGGAAUGGAGCAUGAGGGCCGUAAAGCCGCUGCUGAUCGUCCGAUCGAACCGUCGUUGGCGCCGUCGUUCUAAGCCCAUCAAGCUUGUAGCCGACAAGCAGCAGCAACAACAAACAAGUAUAUGUGUGAUUUGUGUAUGGAUCUGGACAUAGAACCAGGGGGGGAUGAAUGACUACAUCAGAUGCCUUUUCGUUGUCUUUGAAUUGAUUGCAUUUGAUUGAUACCUAUUUUGCUAUACGGAGGAGUACCAAUAUCAGCCCUAUUUUCAUUUUGUUAUUCAUCUUCAAUUCUCUCAAGUGCAUUAUACAUUUUGUUCCUUGCUAUGUACUUGGAUGUAAAUAGUGAUAACUAUCUAAUGUAAAUGUCUACCGUGAAAAUAAAUCAAUCAACCGCUCAAUGAAAGCCCCCCCAAUACGGGUGGGCAACAGACAGAUGCAAUGAGGGAAAAAACA